CAAAAACUCUUUGAUAUUACGGUAAUUCCCCAGAAUACAGCAGAAUUGUAGGAAGCUAACGCAGAUGCGCUGCAACCAGGAAUGAAAGUGAGCAGUAUGGGAACAGUAAUCGCAACUCCAUGGAAGCAGCUUCUGCUAAGUGCAUUAGAGUCCAAUUCCCACCUCAAGCACUCUUCCUUCUUCCAAUUUGCAACAGUUGGAUCUGAUGGGAGACCUUCCAAUCGCACUGUGGUUUUCAGAGGAUUUGCAGAGAACAGCGAUAAGAUCCUAAUCAACACAGAUUCUAGAACUCGUAAGAUUGAAGAACUUAAGCAAUGUCCAUUCGCUGAGAUAUGUUGGUAUUUUACUGACUCCUGGGAGCAAUUCCGUAUCAAUGGAAGAGUUAACAUUAUUGAUGGGUUGAAUCCUGAUCCUGCAAAGCUUCAGAUAAGAGAGAAAUCAUGGUAUGCUAGUUCUGUAAAGUCAAGGAUGCAAUACCUUGGCCCUAACCCAGGUCUUCCUUGUCUAAGUGAGCAACCUUCCCAUGAAUUCUUUCUGGAUUCUUCCUCAGGCCCAGUUGCCACAUUUUGUCUGCUAGUUUUAGAUCCUGAGCAGGUUGAUUACUUGAAUUUGAAGAGUAACCAGAGGACAAUGUUUACCUUAAUGCGAAAUGUCAACGGAGAAAACUGUUGGAAUUCAGAGAGGACCAAUCCAUAAAUUCUGCAUACAGAGAUGAAUCAUCACUUCCAAAUCAUUAGUUGUUAGCCACAACUGAUAAUAAAGAAAUUACUGAGGCUCCCUCUGAAUAAAUUGUAUGGAUUCACCAGAAAUGAUAAUAAAGAAAUUACUGAGGUUCCCUCUGAAUAAAUUGUAUGGAUUCAUUCUUUUACCUUCUAGAAUAGAACAGAUGUAUCAACCAUUAGUAUCUGCAAUUAUGACCUCAUAUUAAUCAGGCACUUGGAUUCAUCACUGUUAUUAGAACGUGGUCUUUUUAUGUAUACAACAGUUCUACUUACCACUUGGAUGUGAA